GAGGCUGCACACACAUCAGGCUCCCUCCCUCCUGGAGACACUCUCAUCUCUUGUCACACUGCAUCCCUGGCUCCCCCCAUCUUCACCCUGCUUCCAUCUGGGGACCCUCAGGACCCUGAGCCCGGAGUUGGAGUCUGAGGACCCUUCAGGAUGAUCAGUCCUCCAUCCCUUCUUAUAUUAUUAGUCUAUCCCUGGCUCCUCCUGGCCGGAGGUGUCUGUGCUCCCCCCCAGCACAUCUGACACACUCUCCCCAUCUCCCCCUACAUUGCUGCUGGGUGUCUGAUCCCUGCUCCCCUCCUCCUCCUCCUCCUCCUCUUCAUCAUCAUCAUCAGCAGCAGCAGCGCCUCUUCCAAAAAGGAUGCUCUGGCUAUAAGGACCUACCAAGCCCUUGCAGGAUCACCCCCUUCCUUGCUGCACCCCCCAGCUGAUCCCUCCACAAGGCAGCAGGAUGGGGAAGGACCAGGAGCUGCUCCAGGCGGUGAAGGCUGAGGACCUGGGCAUGGUACAGAAGCUGCUGCAGAGACCCAAAGCGGGCAAAGCCAAGCUCCUUGGAUCCGCCAAAAGAGUGAAUGUAAAUUUUCAAGACACGGACGGGUUCUCGGCUCUACAUCACGCUGCCCUCAUAGGGAAUACAGAGCUAAUCUCUCUGCUGCUGGAAGCACAGGCGGCUGUGGACAUCAAAGAUAACAAAGGGAUGCGUCCACUCCAUUACGCGGCUUGGCAAGGCAAGAAAGAACCUAUGAAGCUGCUUCUCAUGUCAGGGUCUGCGGUGAAUAUCCAGUCUGAUGAGGGGCAAAUUCCACUGCACCAGGCGGCUCAGCAUGGACACUAUGAUGUAUCUGAGAUGUUACUUCAGCACCAGUCUAACCCCUGUAUCAUGGAUAUCUCCGGAAAAACUCCUCUGGACUUGGCUUGUGAGUUUGGAAGAGUCGGGGUUGUUCAGCUGUUAUUAAACAGUAACAUGUGUGCAGCUCUGUUAGAACCAAAGCCUGGAGAUAGUACGGACCCCAACGGGACCAGCCCCCUGCACUUAGCGGCCAAGAACGGUCACAUUGAUAUUAUAAGGCUCCUCCUACAAGCCGGCAUUGAUAUCAAUCGGCAGACCAAAUCAGGAACAGCGCUACACGAAGCAGCACUGUGUGGGAAAACAGAGGUGGUGCGACUCCUUCUGGAUAGCGGGAUCAAUGCUCAUGUGCGGAACACCUAUAACCAGUCCGCCCUGGACAUCGUCAAUCAGUUUACAGGCACCCAGGCCAGCAAAGAGAUUAAACAGAUGUUACGAGAUGCCUCAGCAGCUCUGCAGGUCAGGGCACUAAAGGAUUACUGCAAUAAUUACGAUCUGACCAGUCUCAACAUUAAAAUGGGAGACGUCAUCACGGUUUUGGAGCAGCAUCCCGAUGGCCGGUGGAAAGGUUGUAUCCACGACAACAGGACGGGCAACGACAGAGUGGGCUACUUCCCGGCCAAUCUGGUGGAGGCCAUCAGCAAGCGAACAGGUUCUUGGGGCUCAGGCGAAAUAGAGAACCCCAGGCCACAGGCCACCAUCCGAAGGGCGCCAGUAUCUAAUGGUGACCUGCAUCACUCCUCCCAUUGCCUGAUGCUACCACCACAUUCUCAUCCAGUUCCUUUCAGUACGUUUGGUUACCAAAGGUCCCGCAGUCCUAAAAGGGAACUGCAUUAUGUUCCAGGUUCGCGAGGAUCAGAAUCCAGUCCGUCUCAUAUGUCUCCAGGCUCCACCUCUGUGGCCCCAGCAGAGGAAAUCUGGGUACUGAGAAAACCCUUUGCAGGUGGUGAUCGCAGCAGCAUGGGCAGCACAGGAAGCGCCACCAGUGGUCGGAGUUCUGGGAGCGGCCAGAGUGCUGGCAGCGCCCAUGCUAUACCGGCUAACGCAGAGGGGGUCAAGCUGCUCGCCACUGUUCUUUCCCAGAAGGCAUUGGGGCAGGAGCCAGGAGACGCCUGUGAGGGCCACACAGGAUCCGCGAGACCCCAGAGCGUGGCCAGCUGUCCUUACAUUGAGCAGUCAUAUGGAGACCAGCCCAAGAAAAUGGAAGCCAUGACGGAAGGAAAGAGCGCAGAAGCCGUCUUCCAGUGGUUGUGCAAGUUUCAGCUCCAGUUGUACGCUCCCAACUUUAUCAAUUCUGGAUAUGACAUCCCGACCAUCAGCCGGAUGACCCCAGAGGAUCUCACAGCCAUUGGUGUCACCAAACCCGGGCACAGGAAAAAGAUCUUCUCUGAAAUCAAUAGCCUCAAUAUUGGAGAAUGGCUUCCAGAGUACAAACCAGCAAAUUUGUCCCUGUGGCUAUCAAUGAUUGGGCUUGGCCAGUAUUACAAGGUCCUGGUGGAGAAUGGUUAUGAGAACAUUGAUUUCAUUACCGAUAUCACCUGGGAAGACCUACAAGAGAUUGGAAUGACCAAGCUGGGUCAUCAAAAAAAGUUGAUGCUGGCCGUGAAGAAACUGGCUGAAAUCCAGAGGGCUGAGUAUGGUAAGUUUGAUUCGGGCAGCAUGAGAAGACGACCGCCGCAGAAGAACUUGGAUUCAAUGUCUAUGGAUUCCCCUCCACCUGAGAGUGCUGAGUGUCAGUCUCCAAAAAUGAAGACAUUCCAGGACAGUGAGCUGAGUGAUGAGUUGCAAGCGGCCAUGACUAUUGACACUCCAGAUGGCUCUGAAAAGCAAAUGAAUCAUGCACAGCACCACAGGGAAGGUUCUUACAGAGGGCCCUCUGGAGCAAGGCUUCAGCAUGAAAGUAGCCUGAGUGGUCGAGCUAGGCACAUCAGCAGUUCCCAGGAACUGGUAGGUGAUGGCAGCAAAGCGCCUAGUACUGUUAUGUCUAAGAGCCAAGAAUACCUGACAGACGAAGUGAAGAGAGAGGAUGUGACCCGAGAAUCCAGGCCUCUCAAGCAAGGACAUUCAAUAAAGCGGGCCAGUGUUCCACCUGUUCCAGGGAAGCCUCGACAGUCGUUUCCUCCUUUGGGAGGGCAGAGCUAUACCCCACCACAAACCCCAACUAAAGGAACCCCAUCAUCACCGCAAGCAGUUAAUUCUCCACAAGCCACUGCCAAAGUGAAGCCAACACCUCAGCUUCUUCCACCUUCUGACCGACCCAUGUCUCCCCGCUCCUUGCCUCAGUCUCCCACCCAUCGAGGUUUUGCUUAUGUUCUUCCACAGCCUAUUGAGGGUGAAGGAACACCUACCCAUUUGGUACAGGCAGUACCGGUGUUGCCAGUGUCAGUUCCAGUCUUAUGCCUUCCACCUGCAGGUAGUGAGGGAGAGGAUGAUGAAGAAGAUGCUCAGGAGGGAGAGAGAGGUGAACAUGGACGUCCUAAGAAGCGGGCACACAGUUUGAAUCGAUAUGCAGGGUCCGAUGGAGAGAAGGAAGAGCUGUUGGUUAUUGAUGGGGGUCCAUAUGGUACAGGACAGAGAAGAGUGGGUAGGAGCCACUCUGUAAGAGCACAAUCUGGGGUUGACAAGAACGUUAAUCGCAGUCAGUCCUUUGCAGUGCGUCCUAGAAAAAAAGGACCCCCACCACCACCGCCUAAGCGCUCUAGCUCUGCUAUCUCUGGGACCAACCUUGGUGAAGGGUUAUCUGCUGAGGAUGCAAGUGGAGAGGGCUAUCGGGAGCAGCGAAGAGCUAGUGAUUUUGGUGGUGUAGUAGACACUGGGAGUGCUGGUAGUGUAAAAAGCAUUGCUGCUAUGCUAGAACUAUCAUCCAUUGGUGGGGGACCAAGAGCACUGUCUGGAGGACAGAGACCAAGGGGGUCCGAUGGGUAUUGCACUCACCUUCUGCCACAUCCAGCCAGCCCUGAACUUCACAGACUUCCAGGGACUGUGGCUGGCGUCAAGCACCGUGAAGCCAUUGGACUGGACGGGGAGGUAGUUAAUCGUCGGAGAACCAUAAGUGGACCAGUAACUGGGCUGGUGUCUGCAGCACGAAGAGAACGCCAAGAGGCCGCAAGGCCUCCAGACUCUCCCCGUAGUCCUUCUGAUGUAAUCCCUUUUGCAGAAGAGCGCAAGCAGACUAUUAAACACCGGCCACGGUCAUCGAGGACAGAGCAAGUAGGCUCUCCAACAGCAGAACCUGGAAGACAUGCAGACUUGGCCUCUGUGGAGUCCAGUGUGACUCUUAAGCGCAGGGUGAAGGCCAGGCAGGGCCAGCAUCCCGGAGAUAUGAAGUUCUUACUUACAGAAUCAGAUACAGUGAAGCGCAGGCCAAAGCCCCGAGACAAGGACGGUGGAGGCGGAGAGCCACUGGUUGUGUAUCAAAAUGGAAUGGGCACCGUAAAACGUCGUCCUGUCUCGGAGAUGAGUGUGGGGGGGACAAGAAGACAGGACAGCAGCGAACACGUACUACAGACUCCGGAACGCAGCAUUAAACCUCCUGUAUCACCAAAGCCCGCUAUCAUUCAUCCUUCUGGGAAGACGCCCUCCACUCCUACAAAGAAGACGCAAGUCCCGGGCCCUGGAGGAGAAGUAAAGAAGGUAAUGGGAACUCCUCCACCUGUCUCCCCUAAACCUACUCCUCCCCCCACAGCUCCUAAACCCACCAAACCCCAUGCGAUCAUUCAAUCCUCUAGUGCGAGCUCAACUCCGGCCCCGUCUCCCAUCAAGCAACCAAACAACAUCAAACCUUCCAGCACUCCCCCAUCUCUGUGUUCCAGCCCUGCUAAGCCCCUGACUUCGGGUCACCCCCUACAGGUUCCCAUCAAGCCCCCAAGAUUGUCCAUCACCAGCUCUUCCAUAGAAGGAGGGGGCAGCGAAGCCGCGCAGCAGAAGUUGGAGGAGACCAGUGCCUCACUGGCGGCGGCCCUGCAAGCUGUGGAGGAGAAGAUCAAGCUGGAGGAUGCACAGAAAGACUCAUCCCUGGAGGAGAAGACUACAGUCAGUAUCCUGGAUGACAUAGGCAGCAUGUUCGAUGACCUUGCAGACCAGCUGGACGCCAUGUUGGAAUGAAGCGACAGUGCUCCUCAAGGCAAGGUCACACUGACUGCUCCCUGCCUCCGCUUCCCUUGCUGGGUCCUGUACAGACCACCUGCCUCCCCCCGGGCCCUUCCAAUGACUGGUCUCAGAAUACGUCUAACCUUAGCACAAACAAAAGCCGAAUACCUCAGGAUUGUGCUCAGUUAAGGGGCAGUUUAGGGAGGGGGAGGCCUAGGUCGACCGGGAGGCGGCAGCAACGUUGGCAGUCCUAGCAUCAAGAAAAGUUCCGGAAUGCAUUGCAGCACAGAGCCCAGUCCUAAACCUGGACUGAGAGGACUACAUUGUGUUGUUGGCACUAAGGGUUCACAUUGAGCAGCGGAGCAGCACGCUUCCUACUGGACAUCAGACCCAUAACUUAUUGCCGAAAUCUUCCCAUUUUUGUAAUUCUUGUUUUUGUCUUGUUAAGAUUGCGGUUACCAUUCAGUGUGAGAAAUGGAUAUUGACGUCUUCUCUCCGUCAUCGAUGGCUGUCCGAAGGAGAUUGCUGGAUACGUUUCAGAAGCCCCCCCCCAACGCCGAUGAGCUGACCCCGACUACAAGGCAAACACUGGGUCAUUACCUGAACUCUCAUGAUCUGAACAGUAUCCUAAUAAAUGGCUGGCACUGUAGUCAGCGACAAGUGCCCCUAUUACAGUAACCCAGCGGUCCUGCUCCCCAACCAUUACCCCCAUCAUCCACGUACGGUAGAUAACCCACUGAGCCUAACAGCAAAGCAUGCAAACACCUUCAUACACAACGAAAGUAGCACUCCGCGCCUAGAACAUUUCCCAGUUGUCUUCUGCCCCCAGUGGCCAGGAGAGGUAUAACAUCUACAGUCUAUUACCCCUCAUAUUCAGACAUUUUAAACCCGUUAUCUGAGGGGAAUGAGUUGGGGGGGGGGGGGGGGGGUCACAAGGUAUAUUUUUACAUUCAUAUUUAUCUGUAUCAUAUUUUACCAAAAACGAAUUAACCCCUUAUAAUAAAAAAGAGAAAAAUAUCUUCCGUUACAUAGAAAAUAUUUUACAAAAUGAUCCGUUAUCUAUCGGAAAAAAAUUAUAAGUAUUUUUGGGGAUCAAGGGGCCAGGAAUAGAGAUAUUUAUGGAUCCUGUAUUAACAGAACAACCACAAUGGCGCCUCCAUGUUCCACCGACGGUCAUUACCGAUCCCAGUAAACAGGCGGAGCCCAAGGCUGAAUUUCCGGGUCCGAUCUCUGAACCUUCCAGCAACCAAUAAGAAAGCACAUCAUUUAUAUUUCAGGAAAGAAGGUUUGAGGAGGGGGAGGAGUCAAAAUGGUGGCGUCUUUAUUUUUGAAAAAAUAAAAAUAAAAUCUGAAUUCCGGUGCCUGGAAAUCCACAAAAUCCAGGAAAUCCCCCUCCCGCCCCCCUUCCCUCCAUCCUGAUAUCCUAAAUCAUGGAGAAAAUAUAUGGAUUUUAAGAAAUAGCACAAACCUUGGACAUCUGCUGAUUUUUUUAAUUUUUAUUCUUUUAUAUUUUUGCAUAUUUUGUUUCCAUUAUUUAUGUGUAUAUAUAGAUUUUUUGUUUUUUAUUUGUUGGGUUGUGCCUUGCUUCCAUAAUAUAUUAUGCUGAAGGGUGACAGGACGGUGUUAGUCGAUACUUGACAUUGGGUACUUGAUCUGGCAGAAAUGUUCCCCCCUGGUUUUUUUUUUGGGGGGGGG